CUUCUGCUCCAUCGGCGGGAAUUUGAGAAGUUGUCGAUGCGACACGCCUUGACAGCAAUUAACAGUCGGACCAUCUGUCAAUAGCCGCCACAAUGUCGCUCCGCGCCGCGCCCUCGACGGGCUUCCUCCAGUCUUUCCUCGCUGUCGCCUCAGCUUCUCUUCGCCCCGCUGGCCCCUCAAGGAGCUUCCUCCCUCUCGGCGCUCGAUUAUGGCCCGCCCCUCUACUGCCCUCGAUUGUCAUUCCCAUUCCUAGCCUGGUUACGGAUAUCUGGGAGUCCAUCCUCAAGGCUGUGCCGAAAAAGAAGACAUCACACAUGAAGAAGCGUCACCGACAGAUGGCUGGCAAGGGUCUCAAGGAUGUCACUUCGCUCAACAAGUGCUCUGGCUGCGGAAGAGUCAAGCGUGCACAUUACCUGUGCCCUCAUUGUGUUAUGAGCAUCAAGAAGUGGUUCAGCAACGACUUCAGUCCCAAGAAAGAGAAGACUGAGUGGGAGAAGGAGGACCAGAAGAAGAGAAUGGACCAGAGAAAGUACGUCAAGGAUGAACAAGAGGGCAGAGUCGACGAGUCCAAGACCGAUGCGUCCAACGAGGUUGUCGACCGAAAGUAAAGAGGACGGGUGAGGAGACAUGUUGAAAGAGUGUAUGCCUGUAUAGUCGCGGACACGGCGUUUGUAAAAAGGACAUGGGCAUUUUCGGGUGUUUAUACUUGGGAUAUG